UGGGGAGGAAAGAGCGAAGCGCAUGAGCAGGAGGGAGAAGGGGAGGGGGGGGGGAGCGGGGGGAACGGAUCUCGAGAAGCCUCGUGGCACAGUCACGCUCUUCUCCCCUCGUCUGCCCCUCGUCUGACGGACGCAUCGGCUUCCUCACCUUACCGUCAACGACGCUUUGCCAGGGCUAACAUGGCUUCGAAAGUCACCGCAGACGAAGGUGACGAGACGGUGACCCUCAAGAGGAAAGUGACUCUGUUUAAUGGGGUUGGCAUCAUCGUUGGUUGCAUCAUCGGUUCGGGAAUUUUCAUCUCGCCGUAUGCCAUCUAUGAAAAAGUCCCUUCGGUGGGAUGGUCCUUGGUGAUUUGGGCCGCGAGCGGCUUCAUCUCCGCCGUCGGAUCCCUAUGUUAUGCGGAACUGGGUACCCUCAUCCCUCGGUCGGGGGGUGACUAUGCUUACAUCCAAGAAGCGUUCGGGGAUUUGCCUGCGUUCCUCAAACUCUGGGUCGAAGUGAUCAUCAUUCGACCCUCGAUACAAGCCGUGUUGGCCCUCACCUUUGCGGAAUACGUGACGAAACCUGUGUUCCCUAGCUGCGAUCCGCCGAUCUCUGCCGUGCGGCUUCUGGCUGCCGGCUGCCUCUGUCUGCUGACGUACGUGAACUGCAGGAGCGUCCGCUACGCCAUGAGGAUUCAAGACAUCUUCACAGCAGCCAAGAUAGGGGCAUUGGUCGUCAUCAUCGUGACCGGGAUGGUGGAACUUGGUCGAGGUAAUGUGGAGUACCUGGAGGAUCCGUUUGCGGGGAAGAUCGACACCGAGAACGUGAGCCUGGCCCUCUAUUACGGCCUCUUCGCCUACGCCGGAUGGAAUUUCCUCAACAUCGUCACCGAAGAACUCCAAGAGCCGCAUAAGAACAUUCCGAGAGCCAUCUGGAUCUCGCUGCCCUUGGUGACCGCUAUUUACAUCCUCACGAAUCUUGCCUAUUUUGUCGUUGUUUCCCCAGCCGAGAUCCUCUCUUCCCCUGCCACAGCUAUGACUUUCGGGGAGAAGAUGUACGGGAAGGCAAGUUGGAUCAUACCGGUGUUCGUGUCCUUAUCGACAUUCGGAGGCGUGAAUGGGAUGCUUUUUACUUCUGGCCGUCUCUUUUGGGCCGGUGCAUCUCAGAGCCACCUGCCAACAAUCUUUGAAACCAUUCAAAUCCAACGUCAUACCCCUCUUCCUGCUCUCCUCUUCUCCUGCUUCAUGUCCCUCCUCAUGCUUCUCAGCCCCAGCAUCGGAGAACUGCUUACUUACCUCAGCUUUGUUCUCUGGUUGUCUUGUGGAGCCAGUGUUGUUGGUCUCCUGCGACUUCGCCGAAGUCGACCGGAUGCUCCUCGACCCAUCAAGGUGAAUCUCAUCUGGCCGAUCCUCUUCAUCCUUGCCUGCCUCUUCCUCAUCAUCAUGCCGCUCAUCUCCGACCCCAAACCCACAGGUGGGUUGGUUCUCCAGAUCCAGAGAUUUCCUGUCAUGAUCUCAAGAUCCUUGAAGUACCAGAUCCUUCCUCUCUCCUUUGUAGAAUGGUUGCAAGUGGCGUGGCAGAAGCUUCUCUUGGUUCUACCUCCAGACACGUCAACUGCAGCAGAACAACUCCUUCAGCCUGAGGGUGCAGAUUGGAAAGACGAAUGA